UGUAUCCUGAAAAUACAUCCCCGCAUGGCGGAAACCUGUUAUUCUUUUCCUAACUGGGUGAAAAUGUUCGGUCCGAGACUCAUUUUAAGACUAAUUGUAUAUAGUAAUUGCGUGCCAAGAGGCAAACUGUGGUUCUGAAACAACAACAACAACAACAACCAUAAUAACAAUACUAAUACAGGAACUGUUAGUCUGGUUGGGUAACAUUAGACCCGCUUUAACGCUGCACAGUCGAACCUGCCCGUGCAGCUGUAGCAGCAUGAAGAAGGAGCAGGUGGUGAACUGUCAGUUCUCCGUCUGGUAUCCGUUGUUUAAGAAGUUUACGAUCAAAAGCCUGAUUCUGCCUCUGCCUCAGAAUGUAAUCGAUUACCUUUUGGAUGAUGGGACACUUGUGGUUUCUGGAAGCAGUGAAAACAGCAACCAGCGUUCACAGACCAACAACAGUGACUUGGAGGAAGAGGAAGACAUUCAGUGGUCUGAUGAUGAGACAACAACAGUCGCCACGGCACCAGAAUUCCCAGAAUUCAGUUCAAAAGUGCAGGAAGCAAUAAACGCGCUGGGUGGCCAAGUCUUCCCCAAACUGAACUGGAGCGCACCUCGGGAUGCAAACUGGAUUGCCUUGAACAGCUCUUUGCAGUGUCAGAGUCUCAGUGACAUCUUUCUUCUCUUCAAAAGUUCAGACUUCAUCACACAUGACCUCACACAGCCGUUCCUCCAAUGCAGUGAUGAUUCCCCAGACCCUGUUAUAAACUAUGAGCUAGUGUUAAGGAAAUGGAGCGAGCUCAUCCCAGGUGGAGAAUUCCGCUGCUUUGUGAAGGAGAACAAGCUUAUUGGCAUCUCUCAGAGAGACUACACCCAACAUUACCAGCACAUCUCCAAACAAGAAGCGAGUAUUUCCUCCUCCAUACUGCAGUUCUUCAGGAACCACAUCCAGCACCAGUUCCCUGAUGAGGACUUUGUCCUGGAUGUUUACAGAGACAGCAUGGGUCGUGUGUGGCUGAUUGACUUUAAUCCAUUUGGUGAGGUUACAGACUCUCUGCUCUUCACAUGGGAGGAGCUGACGUCUGGAAACAGCCUUACAGCUUGUGAAGACACAGCACUACAGGAGAGUCCUACUUUCCGGUACACCACCAGUGAAGUGACUGUCCAGCCAAGUCCAUGUUUGUCCUACAGAAUCCCACGAGACUUCUUGGACCUGUCCACUGGAGAAGACGCUUAUAAGCUAAUUGAUUUUCUCAAAUUGAAAAAGGGUCAACAAGAGGAGGAGUCAGAGGACGAGGCUGAGCCUCAUGUGGCCAGUACAUGAGGCGACUCGAUACGUUAAGUGACCACCAGAUUUGCCGUUGCUUACAUAGCAGACGUUAAUUUUCUACUUUGUAUAUUGAUUAGGAACAUGUACCCAUUUUCCUGCGGGACUAUACCGAUACUGUAGACAUGCGCAUCUUAAAGUAAAGGAUAUUUCUGGAAUGAAGCUUUGCAUUAUGUGAUGAAAUGCUGCGAUGCUACAUUGGGGCUCUUGAGGUUGUAAUUAAAUGAAUGCGUGCGUUUCAAGAGUUGAAGACUAAGAAUAGCAGUUUGCUAUGAUGUUCUGGCCAUGAUGUUGGUUACAUUCCUCCACUGGACAUAAGCAGCCAACAGGAACGAGAUCUGAGCCUGGUUACAGACAUUAGCCUGACCCAUGCUUUUGACAUAUGUUGACAGAAUAAAUUAUGAAAUUAUGAUAUUCACAGGAUGAUGAUAUUAUUUAAUCAGCACAGGCCAAAUACUUGUUUAUAGACUGUAUACUUGUGCAUAUGUAGUUAUUGACCAGUGGUACUUUGUUUCAAAUAAAAAGUAUCAUGUUUACAUUAUUAA